CUGAAUCUCAAAAAAAAAAACAACCUCAAAGCCGCUGUUACCUUUAUCCCCUUCCUUUUUUUAAAAAAAAAAUAAAAAGAAAAUAAAAAAAUACCAGCAAAUGGAACUACUGACCGGCGACCGGCAAGUUCCGAACUCUACUGACUUCCCCCAGCAUAUAUCUCCUUUCCCGGCAGCCGGAAACCUUCUCAUAUCUAAUCCAAUGGCCGAGAUUCACUCCUCAGAAAUCGACCGUCAAAACUUGCCGCCGCAGAAACUCCGUCCUAUCAGGGCAAACGGUAGGUCUCCUUCGAGUUCUCAGGCAAGUGAUCUUCCGCUGGCGGGUGGGCUGGACGGGACACUGGAGAAUUUAGGGCUUUUGGCAGAUCAGGUGUGUGGGAUUAGUGGAGAGAAUGGUCAGUAUUUCAAGCCGCCGGUGAAAGCGGAGGACAGUGAGAUGGUGCUGAAUGGCUUUGCGGAUACUGGUAAUCCUUGUUUGGUAGCGGAUGGUUCGGCGGGAUUCGGGUCGGGUGCGGGUGGAGAAGAUGGGGACCCGGAUGGUGUUAGAGGUUUAUUCGAGGUUAAAUCCAGUACAUCUUCAGAUGAUGAUGAUUCACCAGCAGGCAUCACUAAAGAGUUUGCAAGUCAGAAGAGAAAAAGAAAAACAAGGGAAAAACUUGAGGAUUUUUUGGAAAAUUUGGUAUUGAAGGUCAUGGAGAAGCAAGAGCAAAUGCAUAAGCAGUUGAUAGAAACGAUGGAGAGCAGAGAGAGGGAAAGAGUAAUUAGAGAAGAAGCUUGGAAACAGCAGGAGAGAGAAAGGAUGAAAAGGGAAGAGGAGCUAAGGGCCCAAGAGAAUGCUCGAAACUUGGCCCUAAUUUCAUUCAUUCAGAAUGUGAUGGGCCAUAAAAUUGAAGUCCCUCAAGCUUUAACAACAAUCACUCCACAUGCAGAGAAACAUGGAGAAAAUGAUGCAAGCAAUCAUUCCAUUCAAAAUGAUUUCAAGUGUGAUCUAAGUAACAGAAGAUGGCCGGAGGCUGAAGUUCAAGCCCUUAUAAUGCUACGAACUGCUUUAGAACAGAAAUUUCGAGCUCUGGGUGCCAAAUGCUCUAAUGUUUGGGACGAGAUAUCUGUUGGAAUGUGCAAUAUGGGCUAUAACCGAACUGCAAAGAAGUGCAAAGAGAAAUGGGAAAACAUCAACAAGUACUUCAGAAAAUCAAUGGAGAGUGGGGGAAAGAAGCGGCUUGAAAACACAGAUACAAUGUCUUUUACUGGUACCCAGCAGAAAUGCACGGCUUGUGAGAAGACUGUAUAUCCCAUGGAACUUCUAUCAGCAGACGGCGUUUCUUAUCAUAAAUCUUGCUUUAAGUGCUUUCACUGCAAAGGCACUUUAAAGCUGAGCAAUUAUUCCUCAAUGGAAGGUGUAGUUUACUGUAAGCCUCACUUCGAGCAGCUGUUCAAGGAGACGGGUAACUUCAACAAGAAUUUUCAAUCACCUGCAAAGUCAGCCGAGAAGUUAACUCCUGAACUGACAAGGUCACCUAGUAAAGCUGCUAGCAUGUUUUCUGGGACACAAGAAAAAUGUGCUACUUGUGGUAAAACCGCUUAUCCACUUGAGAAGGUAACAGUGGAGAGCCAGGCUUAUCACAAGUCAUGUUUCAAAUGCUCUCAUGGUGGCUGUUCCAUAACCCCCUCAAAUUAUGCAGCACUUGAGGGUGUUUUAUACUGCAAACACCACUUCUCCCAACUUUUCAAGGAGAAAGGAAGCUACAAUCAUCUUAUCAAGUCUGCAUCAAUGAAACGCGCUGCAGCUUCGGUUCCAGAAGCCUGAAGACCUUGUCCAUAAUCUGUUAUCUAUGUGUGUGGCUUUACUAUUUUUCAGUGUGUGCUUUCAUUCGAAUCCGACUUCCAUUUCUGCCUCCAUUUUGGUUUCUGGUUCACUUUACUGGGCAUAUUGUUGUGUUUGAUUGAUGCACAUUCCCAUAAAUGUAAAAUGACCUCUGGAGGUCUUUUAUCUACAAUUGUGUCCAAAGUUACUUCUUAUUUUUUCCAA